AUGGCUGCUGCUCAGGCGAAAAUUUCUGGACCAGAAGACGUAUACGUGAAAAAGGGCAGCACCAUCAGCCUCACGUGCACCGUUAACGUUCACAGCACACCACCAAGCAGCGUUUCAUGGCACCACGGCGUUGCAAUUGUUGACUUUGACAGUCCGAGAUUGAAUUUCUGGGUUGGGGCGAUUAGAGAGAAGAGCAUUCCUGGUACGUGGAGGGAUAAGAAGGAAAAUGAGGGAAAGAGCUUGAGGGCCGGAUGCGAGGGGCGUGGGGUGAAAAGUGGAAAGCGGGAAGUGGAAGGGGCGGCAGAAGGGCGAAAUGCCCGCGCAUGCGUUCAUCACAGGGGCGGCGUGUCACUGGAGACUGAGAAGACGGAAAGCGGCACGACCAGCAAGCUCCUGGUGACCCAGGCGAGGCUGAGUGACAGCGGAAAUUAUACUUGCAUUCCAAGCAACGCGAAUCCAGCAAGCGUCAUGGUUCACGUGCUGAAUGGUGAGUGUUACACGUAUGUCUAG